UGAAAGCCAAUGAAUUCUGUUUCUGUUGGCGGCUCUUUUCUUGAUCACCAACCAGAAGUCGUUUCCCCACCUUUCCGUUUAACAUAACAUAAAGUUACAGCGGGGCGCAUUAGAGACAUUUAAAGUCCCUGUAGGAGUGCAGCAGUGAUUUGAAGGCCUGUGGGUCAUUGGUCAUUGGUCCACAGGACCCUCAAGAAUCUCGGGCUCUAGCAGCCGCCUCCUUCCCCUGCCACAAAACGCCACACACUAUUCAAUCUGGCGACUUGGCGGACUGCAAACGAGACUCUCUCUUCAGGAGGAGAGAGAGAGAAAAAAGGGGGAAAAAAAAAACUUUUGGUGCUUUUUGAGAGUGCUUCACGAGUCUGAUGCUGCUGAUGGGCAGUUAGGUGAUCUGGGGGUAAAGUGAUCAUUGGUUGUGUAUGGAUUAUCGAUAAGUGCAAACAGGAACGCGUUCCAGGCAUUAAUUAUUUAUAUAUUCCUGGUAAAGCGGCGGGGAUGCGAGAGAGACGCCACAGCGGCGCGGAUCGCCCGCUCUGAACCGGAGGAGUCACCGGCAGAUGAUGUCCCAAUGUGAGAGUGCUUCCAGAGGAGACGGAGGAGAGGACGAAGGAGGAUGAAGAAGGGGGGAGAGGGAUCGAGAGCGGCAGAGGUGGAAUAUAAUGAAGUUGAGUGGGAAAGGACUGUGCACCGUCUUCUCCAGCACCCUCCUCUUCGUGUGCGCCCUGAGCGAAGUUGUCGUUGGAUUAAGAUGCGUCUCGCUGGGAUCUACGGUGAAAGCGCAUUUCCACCUCGGCGCCGCGGCCGGGGCUUUCUACUCCGGGCUAUUUGUGGGAAUCGGGCAGGUCCUGCUGGGCACCGCGCUGCUCUGUUGCAUGGAGAAACCCGGCUGCAGGAAUUUCUUUCUCCUCGGUGUUGUGGUCUUCUUGUUGGGAGUCCUCACCGCCUUCUCCGGCGCGGUAGUGGACGGGGACACGGCUUCUCUGGUGGAGAGGAAAUAUUCCCAUUACUGCUUCCACUCUGUGGUUGUGAACCCUGCCUGCGAGCAGCUGAGGGAUUACCAGCGGAGUCUGGUCAUCUCCACUGUUCUCAGCACCUUGGAGUGCCUCCUCGGGCUCAUCAACCUGGUGAUCAUCAAAAGGUACAAAACAGCGCAGUUUUCUAGGAGCAGACAGUCUCAGAGGCAGAGCACCGGGGCGAUCAUCUUCAGAGAGGAGCGGGACUGCUCCUUGGCGGAUUUCCAGCCGGUGUCUUACAUCAAUUUGGGUGUUUUUAAUAUGUUUGACGAGACAGGUGCAGAAGUGCAGUGCGGGGGACACCCGUCAAUCGAGCUGCCGGGAUACUCGCCCACGGACCCGGAGCUCAAUCAUUGCUUCCCUUUCUCCUACCCGCUCCCCAGUGAACUGCCGCCUGCAUACGAAGACAUUUUCCCCGCUGAGGCAUGCAACACAUAGCCGCUCUGGAGCCCCAGCAGCGCUUUCCUCUGCUGUGACAAUCAAUGACUUUGUGCUUAAACAGUCCCCCCCUCCUCUUCUUCCUCCAACACCCCCAACAGAAACCAGUAAGUUACACAGGAGGACAGCAGCAGUGGAUUUUAAUUGACCUGAUUGCUUUUCAUUCUGAUAUUUUCUUACAUCUGCCCGGUAGCUUAUAUAUUGUACAUCACCAGUCAGACUGAUGUAGAUGAUCAACAGGCCCAGACAGCGCAGGCCCAUAAACGCAACA